CAGGAAGUGCAAACUGACGGUGAGUUUGUUCUUCGUUUCAUAUUUGCACGAUGCAGUGAAUGUUAGAAACACACUCUGACGUUGCAGAUGCUACCAAAGCUGCAGUGACUCUGACAGAGCAGUGUGAUCACACUGACCACGCGGAUACCAAAGAAUCUCCCCGCUGGUGAAAUGGGGGUAUCGCUGACCAAGGCAGCCCAGUGGACCAGCUCUGGUACUGGCAAACUGGAGUUGACACCAAUGAAUCAGUCUUUGCUGAAAGAAAUCCUGCGAUUUGUGGAGCAGUUAGUCUCCCAACACCCACAGGAGGCAGAGCAUGUGUUCGAGGAGCCGCUCCAAUGGAGUACCACUUUAGUGGCAUCUGAUUUCAAAACAGACUAUGACAUCAGUGACUUCAAUGUACAAUCCCAUGAGAAAGACAGCGAAGGGCAACCAUUGCUGCAGCUUUCUCCUCCGACUGUUCAUGUGCGAAACUUCAGCCAGCUCUCCAAAGUAGUUCAUCUGGCAGCUGAUAAGAAGCUGGAGGAAGUUCGAACGUGUCUAGAAGAAAACAGAGACACCGAGGUUAAAAUUUUUGGUCCUCGCUUUGGUGACAUCUGGGGGAGAGAAGACACCCAAACCGAUCUGGUAGACGAAGACCGAGCAAAGGACUCAGAGGUCAAGGUCAAGCUGUUUCGUUUGAUCCAAAAUAUGGACAAACAGCUCCUCAGCAAGCUGCUUGAAGAAAUAUCAGAACAAAUCAGGCUGGACCCGGCCGCAGUAAACAAUGACGUGGAGUCGCUGAAACAAUUCUGCAGUGGAGGGAACAAGAGGGUGUUGAAGUCUGUUCGAUACACAUCAGAUUAUGAAUUUUCAAAUGGCUGCCGUGCCCCUCCAUGGAGACAGGUGCAUGGUGAGAUUUGUUACCUCAUAAUUGAGCCUUGUGACACUGAGGACCUUCACAUCACCUGCAGCAACGCUGGAGUUUUUCUCAACGGGGGCAUAAAACAGGAGGGGGCGGAGAGUGGCUACGAGCGAACAAGUGAUACGUACACAGACCUGCUAACACUCCUGAAGAGCAGAUCUCCAUAUUUCGCUGAGCACAUAAACCAGCAGAUGGCAACGAAGGGCAAAUAUGAACCAUCUCCAAGAUGGAAGAAUCGUGGUCUCGUGUCUCCAUGUGGAAAAGUGGAGGAAAACAACCCUGGAGAGGAGAGGUCUGGUGAAAUACAGAAGAAAAAGCUGAGAAAACGAGCCAGCAGCAAGAUGAAAGUAGAACGCAUAUCCUCCCAGAAAAUGAAAAUCUCAGGGGGAGCCAUGACAGCGGAGCUGUCCGGUGAGAGUUCAUCUGAGAGUGAGGACGAAGAGCAACAGUUAGAACGUCGUCUGCAGAUUAAGACAGAAAUGUCCCCUGAAUACUGGCAGAUCCACAAACUAGUCAAGUUCCUAAAGAUUGGUGAACAGACAGCCACCAUGCUCUGCCUGUGUGCCAUGUUGGAAUUGAAUUUGAUGCAGGAGAGUUGCCAACUGGACAUCUGGGACGUAGGUGGCCUUGAAGUCCUCCUUAACUUGCUGGAUUCAGCUGCAGUCAGAUGCAAAAUUGGAUCUCUGAAAGUCCUACGAAAGAUUAGUCACAACAUCGUAAUCUGUCAGAUCAUUCUUGACAUGGAUGGUCUGCAGAGCAUCGUGAAAGCUCUGGACUCGCCAGACAAAGAUCUGAAGGCCUUAGCUGCUGAGACAAUCGCCAACGUGGCCAGGUUCCGCAAGGCAAGGAGAACCGUCAGGCAAUGUGGAGGAAUCAAGAAACUGGUGAAGCUGCUGGACUGCGUGCCUAAUUUAGCCAACCGGAGUAAAAAACAGGAGAAGGAUAUGGAGGUGGCCCACUGCAGCGUUUUAGCACUCUGGAGCCUCAGCAAGAGCAUCAAGAAUAAGCGGGCCAUCGAUGAGGCCGGCGGCAUCCCUCUGCUGGGACAAAUGCUCAAGUUGCCACACGAGCACAUGCUUAUCCCUGUGGUGGGCACCCUGCAGGAGUGUGCCUCAGUGGAAUGCUACAGGAUUGCCAUUCAGACUGAAGGCAUGAUCAAGGAUUUAAUCAAAAACCUAAGCAGGGACAACAAUGAGCUACAAAUGCAUUGUGCAAGUGCAAUCUUCAAGUGUGCGGAGCACAAGCAGACCCGUGACAUGAUGCGUACGUACGAUGGUCUGGAGCCGCUGGUCUCACUGCUGACCAAGUCCAACGACAAGUCGCUCUUGGCCGCAGCCACUGGGGCCAUCUGGAAGUGUUCCAUCAGCAGGAAGAACGUGGCUAAGUUUCAGGAAUACAAAUGCCUGGAGUCCCUCGUUAACCUGCUGACUGAUCAGCCAAUAGAGGUGCUGGUAAACGUUGCUGGAGCGCUGGAAAAAUUUGCCCAGAUACCUUCUAACAAGGGGACCAUCCGCAAGUGCAGAGGCAUUGAGCCACUAAUUAAUCUACUCACUGAGACAAAUGAGGCGCUGCUCGUGAAUGUAACAAAGACAGUUGGUGCUUGUGCCAGAGACCGGGAUAACAUGGCGGUCAUCGACAAGCUUGAUGGCUUCCGCUUUAUGUGGUCCUUACUGAAAAACCCCAGUCCAGAAGUUCAGUCUAGCGCUGCUUGGGCCCUUUGUCCAUGCAUUGAGAAUGCCAAGGAUGCAGGGGAAAUGGUGCGCUCUCUUGUCGGUGGAUUGGAAAUGAUUGUUAAUUUGCUGAAGUCAACAAACAACGAGGUCCUGGCAAGCAUUUGCGCCGCCAUCUCUAGAAUAGCCAAAGACAAGGAGAAUCUGGCAGUCCUCACUGAUCACGACGUUGUGCCACUGCUGGCCAAGUUGACUAACACAACUGAUGACAGGCUCUGUCUGCACCUCGCCGAGGCCAUCGGCCACUGCUGCAUGUGGGAGGGCAACAGGGCAUCCUUCGGCGAAGCUGGUGUCGUGGCCCCCUUGGUAGACUACCUCAAAUCAUCAAACAGCGCAGUCCACUACCACACAACCCACGCCUUGUAUCAGCUUUCCAAGAACCCAGAUAACUGUAUCACCAUGAAUGAGAGGGGAGUGGUCAAGCCCCUCAUCGUCAUCAUGGGCUCUGAUGACGAGAUGCUCCAGGAAGCUGCUGCUGGCUGUGUGCGCAACAUCCGACAUCUGGCUCUGGCAGGGCUGAUCAGAGCACCCCAGGAAAUCCAAUAGGGAACAAAAAUGUGAGAAGAGGCUCUAAGCUUUAUGUUUGACUUGUUAAAAUAGUUCAACUCUCCCCACGUUUAUUAAUAUUUGCUUUUGAAUCCCCCCCCCACCCAACUUAGAAAAACAAAUUUCAACAGCUCAACUCAAUUCCACACAUUAGGAGCGGAAUCAGCAUUCGCCAAAAUAAUCGUAAACAUACCAAAUGCUGCAAAUUUCCAGCAACCCAGGGUUUUUCCUGGCUGAAAAUUAGACAGGGGUGGUACUGAGCCAUCAAACUAUACAGAUAGUCCCAGAGCUUAAAGGGAAAGGUAAUGGGGUUUUUUUUAAAGAAAAGGGUGAUAUCUCUCUCUGUCUCUACUCUGGUUUCCUGUUUAUUUUCACAUUGAUUUCAAUGCCCUUUUUAGUCUAGAGUAUUUUUUUCUUUUUAUUUACUUAACAAUCUUUCAAUCGCUUAUAAAGCACAUUGAACUCCAAUUGAUGUGUUUGAAAGGUGCUAUAUAAAUAAAGUGGAAAAAGUAGCUGGAACCGAGAGCAAUUAAACUGUGCCCUCAGAUUUUUAAACUGUGCACGAUUUUGCCAUCUGUUCCCAUGGAUUUGUCAACCAUAGAGUUUCUUCUGAGCAGUCUGGUAGUUUGAUUCACCUGCAUUAGCACAUACUAUAGGUUAGUCACUGCAAGCAAUAGCAUUGGUUUAUUUAAGAUCAACAAUGUUAUAGGGGGAAGAUGACCCUCGAAAACAAGGGGUACGGGGUAGGGAGAAUGUGCACGGAACCCACCAAAACAAUUGGAUAUUCAAAAUGGUCUGUGGGCACAAUAUACAAUACUUAUCUUUGUACAGUCUCCUUCCAGUAAAAAAGGGCAGACUGUGACAGCCCAAUAUUUAUAUCAGCAUCCAUCUUGUUCUCCUCAAACUGAAUGUGUUUCAAAUAAAAUGCGCAGAACCACAAGCGUUCUAAACAUGCUAUAUCAAAAUAUGUCUGAGGUUUCAAAUACAAAUGUUUCGUCUUGAUUGAUGAGUGUGUAUUUAUUUGCCCCCUUGCUUCCGUUUUAUCCUGAGCUCCUAAUUUACAUCAAUUACCUCAUCAAGGGUUCGUCCAAACAUUUUAGGAAGCCUUCUUCUCGCUCUCUGACUGUCUCAACUUAGAAACCGUGUUGAUAAAAAUAAUGCGUCUUUCCCCCGUUUGUUCUUUUGCCAAAUGCCCCAUACGUCGAUCGGUGUGAGACAGCGUGAAGCUGCGUUCCCUGCAGGAACAUUCCUUAAGUAAUCCACACGUGACCACAAUAUCUAAACAAGACCCACAUCUGUUUGGGUUGCUCAACCCUCCUCUUAUACAGUUUGAAAACUCUGUAGUUGUAACACGUCCAAACUCAGAAAACACACCAUCUCGAAAAAUAGAAUAACUUACUGUUCGCACCGAGGUAGAAUACAGAGCAUCUGCACAAAUCUGUAUAAAUGUCACAUGAUAUUAUGAACACAUAAAUACAAGCUCUGGUGUCUUAAGUAGCAAUUAGGAAUACAAUAGUGUCUGUCUCCAUCACAGAUAUGUACAAGAAUGAAUUUAAAGUGUGAUUA